AGCCAAGGGGUGAGCAUCACCCUAAGCUACCGGAACGCAUCCGUCGUCGAGUGUGCCCGAGAGAAAAUCGCUUGCUCUUGCGUCCUCUUGCACCACGUACAUGCGUACGUGCGUACAUACAGAAAAGUGGCCAGUUUUCGGCGACCGAUCUACUUUCUCUCCCCUCGACCUUUUCUCUCUCUCUCUCUCUCUCUCUCCCUCUCUCUGUGUGCAUCAAUUCGUCGGGUCCGAGAGCAAAAACGAAGGAGAGCACGCAUGUCAAGCAGAGAGACGAAGAAACAGAAAGAAAGGGGAAAGAAAGCGAAGACAGACAGAAGAAGAAAAAAAGGGGAACGUACAUAGGAGAACUGAAGCCGUCCGUGCAUGCACAUGUUGAUUCCUCAUGGUGAUAUUAUUCGUUCGAUAAGCGUCGGUUUUGCUUGUGUCUUUUCUGUUUUAUUUCUCCCUCUCUCUCUCUCUCACUCUACUUUUGCUCGCCUGAGAUAUCGCGCGUAACCGAGGGGCAGGAGGACUUCGUUGCAAAGUGGGACAGUUGACAUUACAAAGGUGAAAAAGCAACGAGAGACGCAGGCAAACCGCGAGGAUAAAAAGUGUUGUUGUUGUUGUAUGUGGUAAAUCAGCGAACAAGUGUGUUUCCGAUGAUAUUGCUAUGAUACCGGGGAUCGCGCUCUACCACCGCGUCCGGUCGCAAGGUCGCAGCUGAGACACGGGCGCGAGAGUCGAGAGUGGCUCAAGGUCGCCGCGAGAUUACCUCUGUCACGCCGUUUCGGGAUAUAUUCGUCGAUAAGACGACAGCCAAGACGAGGAAGACCGCGACCAAGACCGCGAAGACGGGCACGCGAUCGUUAACGUCGCGGCUGAAAGGAGGACCAGGUGUGAAGGAGAUACCGGUGAUAGAGGGUGAUCGAGAUGGAGGUGCGCACGAUGGAGUAUCGUCCUGUGAUGCCCACGGGUGUGAUACCGACCGGAUUGCAGGACUAUCACGCGAGCAUUCCGGACCUAAGCCCGCCGAGGAGCCAAGGCUCCUCCACCGGUGGCGCUUCCUCGAUCGGAGACUACGCACCCCGCAUGUACACGCCGCCCACGCCGCCCACCCCGCACGACGACGACAAGAUCUUCGGUAGCAAGGCGGACCUGCAGCUCCACACGCAGAUCCACAUGCGCGAGGCGAAGCCGUACAAGUGCACCCAGUGCUCGAAGGCGUUCGCGAACUCCUCGUACCUGUCCCAGCACACCAGGAUCCACCUGGGCAUCAAGCCGUACCGCUGCGAGAUUUGCCAGCGGAAGUUCACCCAACUGAGCCACCUACAGCAGCACAUCCGCACGCACACCGGUGACAAACCGUACAAGUGCCGGCAUCCAGGCUGCACGAAGGCGUUCAGCCAGCUGAGCAACCUACAGAGCCACUCCCGCUGCCAUCAGACCGACAAGCCGUACAAGUGUAACUCUUGCUACAAGUGCUUCUCCGACGAGCCCAGCCUGCUCGAGCACAUACCGAAGCACAAGGAGUCCAAGCACCUCAAGACGCACAUCUGCCAGUACUGCGGCAAGAGUUACACCCAGGAGACCUAUCUGGCCAAGCACAUGCAGAAACACGCGGAGAGAACGGACAAGAGACCGCCGAUAAUCGGCACGGGGCUGAGGCCGUCGAUUCACUCGAUGGCCGCGCAUCAUCAGGACCACUACUGGCCGAAAGUCAGCCCGGACUCGGUGAUCAGCGACCUGCACGAUCGGCUGCCGCAUCAUCACACCGACUACCAUCAGAAUCAGAAUCCGGAGAUGAUGCUGCCCGGCCACGGGCACCGCGGCGAGUCCAUCGAGAACGACUCGAGGCAACAGACACCGCAGCCAGGCGCCAAUCAUCAUCCGAACAGCAGCUCGGCGUUCACGCCGAUCUCCUCGAUCUCGAUAAACUCCAUCUCCUCCAUGCAACACCCGUUGAACCCUCUGAACCAUCUUCACUACCCGGGCAGCCAUCAUCCAGCAUCGAGGCCGUACCUCUACGAGGCGUUCAACUCGACGCAGAAAUCGUCGCCGGCGUCGUCCUCGUCCGGCGUGACGCCCGGCACCACCACCAACCAGAACGCGACCUCGUUCCCGAACCAGUUGAUCAGCCUCCAUCAGAUCAGGAAUUACGCGCAUCAGCCGAACCUCGGCAAUCUAGGGAACCUGGGGAACCUAGGCAAUCUUAGCAAUCUGAGCAACCUAAGCGCGACGAUGGAGAGCCACGCUCUCCUCGGCGGACUCAAGGAGAAGCAGUAACUCCGGCGGCUGGUCGCGGAGAUUAGGAACAAGAAACAAAAAAAAAAAAAAACAAAAAAAAAAAAGAAAGAAAAAGAAAAGAAAAAAAAAGAAAAAACUGUUUGCUACUUCUCCUCGGUUUCUUUUUUUCUUCUUCGACUGUUCGACCUGUUCCUCGCCCCUGUUGCUUCUUUUCUCCGGGGAAGGUUUGUACGGG